CUUCGUUGAUCUGCUGGCUGGCCGACCUCAGCUCUCAUCAUCACCGCAUCAAUCCAUCCGCCCGUCCACCCAUUCCGCCACGCAGUGCUACCGACGACGCCUGAAUCUUUCUAACGUUUCACGAUCCGGCAUCCCCAAUUCCGUCAAGAGCCGACGAGCGCCUCCGAUCCGCCAAAAUGGCCGCCAUGUUCAGCCAGAAUCCGGUCAUGAACGGCCCCAACUACUCCUUCUCGGAUAGCCCCCAGACCAACAAUGGCGAGCCCAGGGAGCAUCGCUUCAACCCCUACACCGACAACGGCGGCUCGACGCUGGGCAUCGCCGGCGCCGACUUCACCAUCAUGGCCGGCGACACCCGCCACACGAGCGGCUACAGCAUCAACACCCGCAUGGCGCCCAAGGUCUUCAGGAUCGGCGGCACCACGGCCUCUCAGGAUGACGCGACGAUAGUCCUGUCUGUCUGCGGCUUCGCCGCCGACGGCUCUGCUCUGCGCGACCAGCUCGACACGAUCUGCAAGAUAUACCGCUACCGCCACGGCAAGCCCAUGACCCUCAACGCCUGCGCCAAGCGCCUUUCCACCAUCCUCUACCAGAAGCGCUUCUUCCCCUACUACGUAACCGCCAUGCUCGGCGGCCUCGACGAGGAGGGCAAGGGCGCCGUCUACUCCUACGACCCCGUCGGCAGCUACGAGCGGGAGCAGUGCCGUGCCGGCGGCGCCGCCGGCAGCCUCAUCAUGCCCUUCCUGGACAACCAGGUCAACUUCAAGAACCAAUACGUGCCGGGCAGCGGCACCGGCCACGACCUCAAGGAGCGUGAGCGCCACCCGCUGUCAAGGUCGCAGGUCGAGACCAUCAUCAAAGACGCCUUCGAUGGCGCUGUGGAGCGACACAUUGAAGUCGGUGACGCCCUGCAGAUGCUCAUCAUCACCAAGGACGGCAUCGAGGAGACGAUACUGCCGAUGAAGAAGGAUUAGAUGCUGCGUGGGGGUGACGAGGGGACGCCGGCCUGUGUGUACAACAGCUUCCUUAGACGAUUCCAAAUUGGACCUGGUAUCUCCGGUAUGAUCGCGUAUACGAGCCAUGAGGCCACAUUUGGCUUGCAAGUGUCAGGGUAGGAAUUCUGCGUGAUAACACGUCCUUAACACCAACGAUCUGUGUAACACUGGAGGAUCAAGCAUCGACGUCGGCAUGACCGGAGCAGUACAUGCCAGCCAGGUCAUAAAGCUUAUGAGCAGGGUCUCGAUUGUUUCUUAUUGGCGAGACUAUCUACAGGUGGCAAGGAAAGACGGCAGUCGCGUGCACUAUCCGUCUGGCUGGCUCGCGUAGUGACUAAAGCCCGGCAGUGACAAGUCAACGAUCAUGGGAGGGACCGAGAACCCGCGAAAACUGGCAGCUCUUGCGUGAGCCGACGGCGUCCAAGCCUCCCAAAAUAUCAUCACUUCGGCUGGUGGCGUGGACCUGGACUCUAGUCGGGUAGAUUGGCCAUCUCCGUUGCUUGACCGUUCGGCAUGGCUGCCUUGAUGACGCUGUUGUCACGCACAACGGUUCCAUUUCCCGGCCCGACCCCCCGACAUAAGAC